AUGGUUCGUCGUGCAUUGAUUAUUGGCAAUAACAAAUACCAAAAUGGAGCUGAACUCCUGUGCUCCGAAAACGAUGCACGAGACGUUUCUAAUAAAUUGAAGGAAAUCGGCUUCCGAACAACGUUGAAGCGUAAUCUGUCAGCAGAAGAGAUGCACAACGAAAUAAAGAUAUUUACAAACAAAAUUACAAACGACGAUCUAGUUGUUUUCUACUUUUCUGGGCACGGUGUGCAACAUCAAGGCUACACUUAUCUCAUUCCAAUUGACAGCAUAGAAAUAUUGAACAGUCCUGAAUUCUAUGAAGAAUCUGCUAUUUCCGUACAGAGAACAGUAGCGUCUAUGCUUGCUCAAACACAACGCUCUGUCAUUUGUUUCUUAGAUUGUUGUCGGAAUAAUGUUUCUAGCCAAGAUACAAACAACGGAAGGGCGUACCGUAUUGUGCCUAACUCACCCUUAGCGCACGGUUACCUUACGAGAAACAGAAACGGUUCGCUUAUUGCUUAUCCUUGUGACCGUGGUCAGAAAACAUUUGAUCGAUCUCCAAAUAGACGUAAUAGUCUCUUCACUCUUCAUUUACUUGCAAACAUCACUAGACCAAACUUACACGUGGAAAAUAUGCUGGAUGAUGUGUGUGCAGGAGUACAAAAAGAUAGUGGUGGAGAAUUACGUGUGCAUCGAGAAAGUUCGCUGAAUAGUUCAACUAUCUAUCUUCAUGAUGGAGAAGGGAAUAUUAACGCGAAUGAGAGUGAAGCAGUCCGUCCACCAAUUCGUCAGCAAACGCCGCCACCGCCAUACUCGUCCAUUAACCAGACAACACGAACAGAGAACCCACCUAGAACGAGGAUCGAAUCACCUCAACAUGGAGAUGAUUAUCGUUGUCUAGAAAGUUCGUGUAUAACAAAGAAGCGACUUAUCGUUUGUUUAUUGAUAUGUGUCGCCAUAGCCAUCUGUAUAAUUCUUGUGGUGACUUUAUCUGUCGUCCUUACCAGAAAAAAUAAAGAUGAAUCAACAAUAACAACUAUGACAACAACCACAACCACAACAACAACAACAACGACAACAGCACCUAAAAAAUGCUUCGAUGGAAAUUCGUUUGCAAUUAGAGCAGAUGGUUCAUGGAUACGUAUGCGCAAUUUGAAAAUAGGUCAUCAUGUAUUAGUAACUCAAGACCUGCCCUGUGGCAAAGUUAUCGUUCGAACAAGUCCCAUUCUUGCUGUGGAUGUUUUUCAAAUGUACAAUCCUAUUUUUCCUAUAGACUACUUGGAAAUUUCUGUAAAAUCGAAUCUUGCCAUGGAACCAUUGCGCAUCACUCCACAUCAUUCGUUGCUUGUCAAAAAACGACAUUAUAAUCAAUCACGUUAUAUAUUUGCCUCUCAAGUGAAUGUCAAUGAUAUUCUCUUUUUCGUGAUGAAGAAUGGCUCCUACAGCGAAGCUCAAAUUAAUACUAUUAAAAGGAUAAAAUUGUUCGAUGCAUAUGCACCAUUAACAUCUGAAGGCAAUUUGAUUGUCAAUGGAAUGGUUGUCUCUUGUUAUGGAACAUUACCUCACUUACUGGUACAUGUACUCAUGGCUCCACGUCGAUGGAUACUUCACUACUCACUUCAGAUAGCUGUUACUGCUAUGGAACAUAACUAUCUCAAAGAAGAGUACGAUGCAAUCGAAAACUCUAUAUUGUAUAUUGAUUUAUUCAAAAUGUCAAUACGUGAAAAGUUUCAAGUUCUUACUGAUUUGCUCACGAACAUAUAUUUACAGUGA